UCCGCCGCGGCGGGGCCGGCAGGGGGCGCGGGGCGGGCCGGGCCCGUUCCCGUUCCGUUCCCGUUCCGGCGGGCGCAGCGAGCGGGAGCGGCCCGGCGCCGCCGCGGACAUGCCCGAGCGCCGCCGCCUCCGCCGCCGUCUCCAGCAAUAGUCGUCGGCGGGCGGGCAGCGGCGGGAGCGCCGCGCGGAGCCGCCCCCCCCCACCCCGCGCUUCUCCCCAUGGAGGGGCCGUACGCGCUCGGGGUGAGCGUGUUCUCCGACCAGGGCGGCAGGAAAUACAUGGAGGACGUGACCCACAUCGUGGUGGAGCCCGAGCCGCCGCCGGCCGGGGCGCACAAAGGCGGAGCGGCGCCCGCAGGCCCCAGCGCCGCCGAGCCGCCGGCCGAGAGCGGGCGGCGGCGGGGGGGAGCCCCGCGGGCGGCCGAGGACGGGGCGCAGCCCCCGGGCACCGGCCCCGGGCGGCGGCCGCGCCGCUCCGUCGCUUUCUUCGCCGUGUGCGACGGGCACGGCGGGCGGGAGGCGGCCCAGUUCGCCCGGGAGAACCUGUGGGGCUUCAUCAAGAAGCAGAAGGGUUUCUGCUCGGCGGAGCCGGCCGAGGUGUGCGCGGCCCUGCGCAAGGGUUUCAUCGCCUGCCACCGCGCCAUGUGGAAAAAGCUGCCAGAGUGGCCCAAGACCAUGACAGGGCUGCCCAGCACGUCGGGGACCACGGCCAGCGUGGUGAUCAUCCGCGGCUCCAAGAUGUACGUGGCCCACGUGGGGGACUCUGGAGUGGUGCUGGGCGUCCAGGACGACCCCAAGGAUGACUUUGUGAGAGCUGUGGAGGUGACACAGGACCACAAGCCAGAGCUUCCCAAAGAAAGGGAGAGAAUUGAAGGCCUUGGGGGCAGUGUGAUCAACAAGUCUGGUGUGAACCGUGUGGUGUGGAAGAGGCCCCGGCUGAGCCACAACGGCCCCGUGCGCCGCAGCACCGUCAUCGACCAGAUCCCCUUCCUGGCCGUGGCCAGAGCCCUGGGUGAUCUCUGGAGCUACGACUUCUACAGUGGGGAGUUUGUUGUGUCCCCCGAGCCCGACACCAGCGUGCACACCAUUGACCCCCAGAAGCACAAGUACAUCAUCCUUGGCAGUGACGGGCUCUGGAACAUGAUCCCCCCUCAGGAUGCCAUCUCCAUGUGCCAGGAUCACGAGGAGAAGAAGUAUUUCAUGGGCGAGGCGCGGCAGUCCUGUGCCCGCAUGCUGGUGGGCCGGGCCCUGGGCCGCUGGCGGCAGCGGAUGCUGCGCGCGGACAACACGAGCGCCAUCGUCAUCUGCAUCGCGCCCCUGCGCGAGCGCGGCCGCUGGGACCCCGACGAGGAGCUGGUGCUCAACCUGGCCGAGGGGCCCAGCUACAGCAGCCCCGAUGCCAGCAGCCUGCCCCCCUCCCGCUGCUGCACGCCCCCCCUCAAGCUCGUAGAAGAUGAGCCCUGGCCACGACUGAACUCUGCCGAGCCCAUUCCUCCCCUCCUGCACAGCAACAUGCUCUCAGAAAAAUACCUGGAGCUGCCAAACGAGAUUGCCAAAAGCAGUUUACCUUCCUCAGGAGGAACCCCGAAGGAUCCAGCCCCCCAGGAGGAGAAGUGCAGCAAAGCCCUGGCUUUGAGGCUACAGGAAUCCUACAGCAAUGGUUUGUCAGUCAGCCUCUCCCCUUCCAACUCAGGCACGGACCAAAAAGGCCUCAAGGUGUCCCCUACGGGCGCAGGCAAGGACGCGGAGAGGCCGCCGCCGGCCAGCUUUAAGCGGACACUGGAGGAAUCCAACUCGGGCCCGGCGGUGAAGAAGCCGCGGCGGGGGCCGGGCCGGGGCCCGGGCGAGGGCGCGGCCGGCCCGCAGCGCCGCAGCCCGGCCCGCCUGGCCAUGCGGCGCAGCCUCCGCGGGCAGAAGAAGCUCAGCAGCUCCCUGUUCCACCCGCCCAGGAAAGCCCUCUGCGUCUGCUGAGGGCUCUGCGGAGCUCCUCCCAAGGUGGUUUUGUUUCUUUUUUAAAGUAGGAACUUUUUUUGGUAUCCGACAGCUUUAUCCCGGCCUUGUACUUGCUUGUAUUAUAACUGUGAAUUUUGUAGAUGUGUAGGGUAUAAGUCACUGUAAAAUGUGUGUAAAUUUGUAUUCCUUCAUAUAAAUGUAGUCUCUUUUUCUUCCUUGUAUAAUUGUUACUGCGGGGCUAAGCCUUGUUUUAAAAAAAUACAAAAACAAAACAAAAAGUAAAAUAAUCCUUUUUGUUAAUUUACUAAAGUCAUCAAUUUGUAUACGCUUCUUGUGAGGAGAAUUUCACAACUUUUUAACUAAAGUAAAUUAUUAAACAGAAUGGAAGAUAUGUAUUUUCGUAGUCUGAUACGUUCCACCUAAAGUGUGUCUUUUAGAGAAUACACUAGGUCUAUAUUUUGGUUUUAAAUUUUAGAUUUCUCUACUCAGAAAUGAAAUGUAUGUGGAAGCAGAGAUUUGAGUCUUGCUUUACACACCUCAAUGUCGAUUUUAUGUUAAUUAAAAUACUAUGCAGUAUCUUAUUUAGUUGUAUUUUUUGUAACAAUAAUCGUCAAAAGUAUUUAGCAAAAAAAAGUGUGUUUUAAAAACUCCAACUCCCCAGAGCAUCCAGCGAAGCCAUUCCCAUCCCCUGUUCCAGAUGAUGGCAUUUUAUCCAGGCAUCACUGCCCCCCGAGAUGUGUUUUCUGCUAUUCCAAUACCAAUGGUGCUGCUAAUAACCUUUCAACACAAGUUCUUAAAUUAUUUUAUGACUAUUUUCAUUGACUAUGUGGACCAUGUGUAUGUUCACCUCAAUAAAACACAUGAAAAUUUGA